UUUCUUCCGUUUUUUCACGUACCCACGUUCUUCUGAGCUAAACGCAGUACGCACUGUUGAUGAGCUACAUGUUAUAGUAUUUAUUAACUAUUUUUUAUUAUUAUUUAAGUUACUUUAUUAAGUAAUUGUUUGCUGAAGCUAGCGGGUAGCUAGCGGGUAGCUAGCCAUGGCAGGGCCUACGAUAUUCGUUAGAGGACUUCCCGAAUUUGCGUCUAAUGAACGAUUCGAGUCAAUAUUUUCUGAAAUUGGUCCUAUAAAGCAGUGUUUCGUAGUCCGCGACAAAGGCACAGAAAAAUGUCGGGGCUUCGGCUACGUCACGUACUCCAUGGAGGAGGAUGCACAGCGAGCCAUGAAAGAAAUAAAAGAAUACGAGGGACAGAAGGUGUCCUUGUCUGUGGCAAAGAAGAAAAUAAAAGACAAAAAGAAAAAAGGGAAAGAGCCGCCAGCUCCUCCACCAAAGGAAAAGGAGUCUAAUCCCAAGCACAUAAAGAAAAUACUAUUAAAAGCAAAACUCAUUAUAAGGAAUCUCAGUUUCAAGUGCUCAGAGGAUGACCUUAAAACGAUAUUUUCGAAGUUUGGCACCGUUCUUGAAACCAAGAUUCCACUCAAACCUGAUGGAAAGAAGAGAGGGUUUGCAUUUGUCUUGUUUAAAACUGUGUCUGGGGCUGCAAAGGCUCUUAAUUCUAUGAACCUGAAAGAAAUACAAGGUCGACAGGUAGCGGUUGACUGGGCCGUCCCAAAGGACAAGUUUAUUGCCACGCAGCAGGCUUUAAGUACAGGCAGUGAGAGUAAAAAGGAGACGAAAGCAGACAGUGACACCGAUGAGGAGGAGGAGGAGGAAGAAGAGGAGAAACCAGCCUCGCCUCCAAAGAAAAAAGUCGGUUUGAAGCCAGCCGUGCAGGAGGCAGAGGAGUUGGAAUCAGAUGAUGACGAUGGCAGCGAGGAGCAAGAUAGUGAGGAUGAAGAGGAGGAGGAGGGAGAGGAAGAAGAGGAGCAAGAAGAAGAAGAAGAGGAGGAUGAUGAUGGGAGUAGCUUUGAUUCAGAUGAUGAUCAUGAUGAGGAUGAUGAUGAUGAUGAUGAGGAGGAUGAUGAAGAAGAGGAAUCAGCUCAAAAGAAAACGGCAAAGAAAAUGCUUCCUUCAGAUGUGAAAGAGGGACGAACCAUUUUCAUCAGGAACUUGUCCUUUGACACAGAAGAAGAGGGUCUUGAGGAAGCUCUCCUGCGGUACGGAGAGCUUAAUUACGUGAAGAUUGUUCUCCACCCAGACACAGAACAUUCAAAAGGUUGUGCAUUUGCUCAGUUUAAGACCAAAGAGGCUGCAGACAAAUGCAUGGCUGCAGCACAGGAUGAGGCUGAGAACGGCGGCAUCCGCAUAGAUGGCCGAAAGCUGAUGGUGGUCGCCGCGGUGACCAGGGAAGAUGCCGCAAAGUUGAAGGUCGACAAGACGAAAGUAGAAACGGGCACCAGGAACCUGUACCUGGCCAGAGAAGGCUUGAUCCGUGCUGGAACCAAGGCUGCAGAGGGCGUACCAGAGGCAGACAUGAUCAAAAGAACCAGAUUUGAAGAAGUAAAGAGGGCCAAGCUUCGGGACAUAAAGGUGUUUGUGUCCAAGACUCGUCUGUGCGUCCAUAACCUGCCCAAGUCAGUGGACAAUAAGAAACUGAAGGCGCUCUGUCUUAAAGCUGUUAAAGGAGCAGCGGGAGUCCGCGUAACCGAGUGUCGGGUCAUGUAUGACAGAAAACCAGAGAAAGGCCAGGUGAUGGGGCAGUCUUUAGGUUACGGCUUUGUCCAGUUCCAUGAGCAUGAGCACGCUCUCAGCACGCUUCGCUACCUCAACAACAACCCUGAAAUCUUUGGCCCACACAAGAGACCCAUCGUUGAGUUCUCCCUGGAGGACUCGAGGAAACUCAAAAUAAAAGAAAUACGGCACCAAAAAAACAAGGAGUUUUACAAGAAUAGGCAAUCACAAGGAGGAGUGAAGCCCCAGGGACAAAUGGCUGGGAGAGGGAAAGAAGCGAGAAAGGGUGAAAAGAAAGCUUCAUCAGAGCAAAAAGGAAAGGAGAGAGAUAAUCCUGAGGGGGGGAAAAAGGGGGCGCACUAUUCGGGCUUCCAAACACAGCCUGAGGUCGAGCAUGUGGAUUUGCAGAAUGGAAAGAAGAGAAAGAAGGUGUUGCACCUGCCUUCUCAUCGGGGACCUAAGAUCAGGAUGCGUGACAAAGGAAAGCAACAGGUGCCGCCAACCAAGAAAGCGAAGCAUGGAUCCAGGCGGCAAGACCAGAAAAGACGACAGAUGGAGAAGCCGACACAGCCCAGAAACCAGAAAGUUAAAAUGCCGAAGAAGAAUUUCAAGAGAAGGGACGGGGACCGCUUUGACAGCCUGGUGGAGCAGUACAAGAAGAAACUGAUGGGUAACGGUGGCAACAAGAACACGGCUGUCAGAAAAAGCAAAUGGUUUGAUGGUUAAUUUUGUACUGAAUAAAUUAAAUAUUUGUAAAAAAAAAAAAAAAAAAAAAACUAAUAAAAAAAUAAUUGUUUUAAUUGUA